AUGAGCAGCACUACCAUCUUACUGUGCCGUCUUCUUGAAGCCUGCCAAACUACUACCUUACAGCCUUUUGGCACCAAGAUAAUUGGCAUGAUCGUAAAAGACCAUCUAAGAGUUAUUUACAGAAGUCUAUUUGUCGCCAAGCCCCGACUUUCCAUACCAGCGCUGGAUCUAUUGCGUAUUAUUUGCAUAUUCCCUGGGGGAUCAACUGCAUCAGAUUUGUACAACUCAUUCGACUUUUCGCUGAAAAUUAUUUCGAAAAUCCUGGCAGAUCAGGAGCUGCGCAAGCCGUUUAUCAAGUUUUACUUAGCAUUCAUCGAGCACUCUCCUUCUGCUGUUCGGAAAGACCUCACUUCCCAGCGAAAAAUUGUAUCUGGCUGGUUCAGUAAAAUUGACACUGAUCCUGAGGAGAUUGUACUGGAAACUUUGCGAGUUUUCAAAGAGUUCGUUGUCAAAGACAGGGCUUUUACGAAAACCGCCAAAAUUAGACUUUUCAACGACUGGACGCUCAAGCAUUUCGUCAAGUUACUCAACCGUGCAGAUGUCGGUGCCUCCAUUGCUGACUUUUUGUAUUUCAUGCUAACAGACACAGAAUAUGGUGUGCACUUUUCAGAUCGUGGAUGCUAUGGCGAGCCAAACAAUAAGCUUGCCCUUUCACUUCUUCGAAUGCUAAAGCCUUGGGAGAGUCAACACCAAAUGGAUCUUGCAGUUAACAUCAUGAAGAGUUAUACGGAGCUUUUCUAUCCGUAUUUCACCGGGUUACAGGCGACGUUCUCUUUUUCCCCCAAGGUUUCAAUGUUUUGGUUUUCUUUUGCUGUGUUACACGCUAAAGCUAUCAGUCUUCCCGUCCCAGAAUUCGAUUCGGUCCACAGCCCCUUGGACGAUGCAGUCGCGGCAUGUAUUCUGCCCCCUACACUUGCGAGGGCCACCCUCACUGGCGGGUUGACAUUUGGCGAGUCCUCGCUUGUUCGCUUUCAAACCGCUCAGAUUGUGCUCUUUGCAUUGAGAAAACUGCGGGCAGUUCUCGAUAUCUAUGAGCAGAGAGUUUGGGAUAGUACUAAAGUUCUGAGUGAGAUUAUGGAGAGACUCCCUGAGGUUCACUUGUUUUUGAAGCCCUCAUCUCCUCAACUUCUCCAAACCACUUGUUUGGCAUGCCUACGAGAAUACUGUUCAAUUGCGUCUCCAGCAAGUAUUUUGCCGUCCGCUUUGACAGCUGUUCUUAAUAAAGAGCAUGUCAGUGGUUUGGAGCUGGUAAAUGCAUACGAUAUCCUUGAGGUACAAACGGUUAUGACUGGACAAGCCAAAUGGUGGAAUCGUGGUAAUGACAAAAUGAGCUUUUUCACCAAGCUCGUGAAAUUUGCUUGCUACAACCCCAAUCUAGCCGGCCAAUGCGCCAAGCUGCUGCAGUCUUUGGUUGAAAAAACGCUUGCUUUCCAAAAUAUUACCUUUGUUCGACCUAUCGAUGUCCUGCUGUACUCGUUAGAGGUUGUUCUGCCAACCAUUGAAAAAACAGAGCAGGAAAAGCUCUGGGCCAUCAUCGAUGAAAGUAUCUCGCGCAGUGUAGUGACGCCCUACCCGUAUGUUGACCGGUUUGCUACCAACAUUAGUCCGUUUGCAGUGGCACUCGUUGACCAGUGGAAACACGUUGACAAGAAUACGCCUAACAAGAAUGUUUUGAACUGGAUAGCAUCUUUCGUCCGGGACUUGGGCAUUAUUGGCGAAGAUACUGUAGCUGUUGGGCAUCUGCUGGAGGAACUAGGUGACGUCAAAUUAAACCUUCCACUGGAUGAUUACUUCGAGUUUGUUAUUUCCGCUCCAGUGGACAACGUGUUGUCCCGAGAUGAUAUUAUUUUCAAGAUUGGCACCCCGCUAGAGUUCAUGGCGACAGUGAAUCGAGCGGCCUCGACGCCCACACUUGCACCUUUUCUCUUGUCGAAUUUACCACAAGCAUUAAUCCACUACCUUGUUGAACCUUUGUGUUCUCAUUUGUUGCUGAGCGACAAUACUUACAGAAUCUAUUUGAAAACCUUACGGGAAAAAGAGCUUUCUUCGCCUGCGCUCAGUGCAGAUUUAAAAGGGACUCCCUUUUGGCUGGAGGCCCUAGACUUCUUGAGCAAUGAGUAUCUGAUUGAAAAGUUUUUAGAGACGAAGAACGAAGAGAUCGUUGCAGUCCUGACUCAACGUGGUGUUCCAUUACCCUUGGACUUGGCUCUUGACAACCUCUGGCUGUCAGAAAACUUCAAAUUACAAAAAAUCGACAGUGAGCUAGCUGAGAAACUAUUUGAUGAGCUCAUGAAAGAGAACAACAUCAAAUCGAUCUGCUCGGUUAUUGAGGCUUCCAACUUUUACAACCCAAAACUGCCUUUGGACCCGAAGAUUCUUUUGGCGGCAAGUCAGUUUGCACCAUCUUACAUUGCCGAGGAAAGCAUUUCCUCCUUCAUUGAAACCGCACUGGAAAGGAUUGAAGAUCAACCGGAUGUUAUUCUGAAACUAAUGAAUAUGUGGAAAACAAAACUGGAUUCGGACCAACUCUCCUUGCUCGACGAGUACGUUGGCACUGUCAGGCGCGCUUUAAAUCCAGAUAUUGCUCGAUUGUCAGAUGUCCUUGAUGGUCCAGGUAGUCAGACAUGGCUAAAGCGCAGUGUUUUGCAACUGACAAAGGUUUUGGCAUUAUCGCAAUCAAAUGCGAGCGUCCGAGAGUUUGUUGAGGAGUUCUCAAUUUAUCUCGCAAAGAGACGUGCUAGCAUUUGGACAGCUGUGAAUUCAAACUCCUUGAAUGCACUGAUUACUACCAUUCUGGGCUCUGAGUUUACUGUCGACUUAGUGAGCUUGGCUUGCCGAUUAGUUUUCGCUGUUCGCAACGCCCAAUCCAUAAACCACACCGAGCAUUUGCAGACUUUAAUGCAGCGACCUGUUCCGAAGGGAAAACAAGAGUAUGCUAUGGUUUCUAUUUUACUUUGGCGGCUGUUCAUGGUGGAUCCCACGAUGAAUUCCACCAGCCAAAUUCAAGACGGUCUUCUGUGCUUCUACAAUGGAUCUUGGGAAAGCUCAUCUCAACUUGUUUUUCAGGUUUUGGAGAUUAUUGAAUCUAACCUAAGCGCCUCCUGGGUCGAUAAAGUUACAGCUUGGGAAUUGCGCGGUGAAGAGUUGGUUGACGACUACGAAAUCCCACCGUUAGUGACAAACGCUGGCAACACUUUGCAGGUUACUCUUGAAAAAGCUAAAAUUUUGGCCACAUGCCAAAAUUAUGAUUCAGAGGCUAAACUUCAAGCUGUCCAGGCAGGAUUAAGUUUUGACGAACUCCAAGGGCUUUUGGAAAAGCAUGAUAUUGAGCACCCGCCUUUCGGGUAUCACGAUGAAUUCCUGGUCAAUGCCCUUGCCAGCUGCGACUAUAUCAUCAAAGAGGAUAAGGUGGACGUACGUGCUCUGGUAGAGAGCAACGCAUUGGCGUUCGUUCUGUGCUGCUUGGCAAGCAAGAACCAAAACGUUGUAUACACAGCGGUGCAACUACUUACUGCCGUCGCGACUUCUUUGAUGGGUGAAGAGAAAAUUUACAGAGAGCAGAUUUCCACGCAGCUAGUCGUCAACAAAGUGUUAACGUAUAUCCAGACCAACGGCCCUUUGCCUUGCCAUUUGGCAAUUUUGGCUGCUGAAAUCCUCAAUGUUGUCACGAAACCUGGACACUUCCUGCACGAAACAGCUAGUGAUUGGCUUCUUCUUGGACCUAGUAUCAAAGAAUAUGAUAUGCCCUUGUUCAAGAGUAUUCAAGCCAGCACCACAGAACACAAACCUCGUGAGAUGUUGUGGUUAGUGGAAGCAUACAAGCACGCACUAAUUGACCGCUCAGUUGUGAAUAUUUAUAUCAAAAAUGGACUGAUUGAGUGGUUGCUCACGCAAAUGGCUCAGCUUACCCCCAAGUCUUUCCAACUUAAGCGGGCUAUUGAACAAUUUUUAUCCAAAGUUGAAGAAAUCGGUGGCUCAAUGAAUCUGAUAGGACGUCAUGCUGCUCUGGUGUGGCCAAAUCCUGACGCCAAAUUGGUCAACUCUGUUCCCAAAGACAAAAUAUUUAACUGGUUAGGCCUAUCAAACUAG